AAGAAGAAGAAGAAGAAGAAGAAGAAGAAGAAGACAUCGAAAACUACAGGUUUGACAAUAAGUCCACUCAUUAAUAUCACACCAGUGAAAACGCGCACCUCGUACGCAGCUGAUUACGUCACAGUCCGCAACACCUCACAAAGAGCGCGCGGUGAGAACACGGCGGCUCACUCAAGUCCUAUGUAUUCACCUGUUUUGCGACAAAUUUCACAUUAACGUUUCUGACCUCGAGAAACGUUUCGCGGUUCAGAGUUCAGAAAUGAUUGAUUGUAUUCAGGAGAUCGAUUCUGCUGAAAAGGAUUGUAAUGAAAAUUUAGUACAGAUCCAGCCCUGCCACAUUUUUGGUGUGUGCAAAACAGUAAACAACAACUUACUCUUUCUGGAUGAGGAAACAUUGAUUUUCUCAAGUGGAAAACACUGUAUUCGAUAUCACAUUGAUAAGCGAGGGGCCGAGUUCAUCUAUGGUUCAAAGGGAAGGAAAGUCAUUCAAGCCCUGGCUUUAAGCCCUGACCGGCGCUACCUGGCUGUAUCAGAAUGUGAUAAAUCGGGCUACAUCACCAUUCUUGACUUACAGAACAAGAAGUGCUGCAAGACACAGGUUUUUGAUGGCUGUAGCAUUGGUGCACAGGAGUUUGUCUGCCUGUCAUUUUCUGCCAACUCAAAAUAUCUCCUGGCUCAAGCUGGAGGACCCAAAUGGAACAUUUAUUACUUGAGGUGGGAGACAAUGGAGCUCAUCUGUAAUGUGAAGACCACUGUGAAUGGUCUUAUCAGCCAGGUCAGCUUUAAUCCAGAGGACGACAACCAGAUCUGUGUGACCGGAAAAAGUGUUUUCAAACUUUUUGAGUUGAAGAAUGACUCCCUGAGAUUGGCCAACUCAUAUCAGAUGGAGAACGACGAGGUCCUGUGCCACAAAUGGAUGUCUGGGGACUGUAUCAUCGCUGGAACUGAGGGAGGAAAACUGCUAAUGUUAAAGUCCACGCACCUGCAGGUGCUGGGGAAAUCACGUGAGAGACAAACGAAAAAGGAGCAUGCUUCUUUAUUUCUAGCUGAGGUAGCACCUGUUACGGCCAUCCACCGGCAUUCCAAUGGCUUUGCCUGUUCAGAUGCACCCGGGUUAGUUUGUCUCUAUGAGAAAACUAAAGAUAAAGAGAACUACAGAAAGACUGUGGAGAUAAAAAUUCCUGGUGAUCUGCCACUUCAAGCAAUUGCCACAAUGUGCAUUUCUCCAAAAGAGGAGACUCUGGCCGUCACCACAGACCGAGGCCAAAUGUUCCAUGUCAACCUCACCUCGAUCAAGGAUGGAGAGAGUGAGGAAGCUCAGUUUGAAUUCCUGUCUCACUCUUAUCACACUGAUAAUAUCACUGGACUGUCCAUGUGCACGAUGAAAUCCCUCAUUGCCACCUGCUCAACAGACUGCACCGUGCACAUUUGGAACUACAAGAUCAAAUCUCUGGAGCAGUUUAAACAGUUUGAUAAACAGCCACUCUCUGUGUCAAUGUUCUCAAAUGGUUUAUCCAUCCUGGUGGUGUUCUCCACUAAAAUCUGCCUUAUGAACCUGCUCUAUAACAACAUUGUCACUGUCAAGAAUUUUGAUAUAAACAAUUGCACUGAGUGUGUGCUCAAUCAUGACUGCAACAUGUUCGCUGCUGUCAUCAAAAACAUGAUACAUGUCUACAAUAUCAGAACAUACGAGAAACUGGACUUGGCCGGCCACAGUGAGACGGUGCAGUCGGUGAAGUGGAGCAGUGAUGACAGCCACUUAGUGUCAUGUGGACUGGAUGGUGCUGUAUACAUAUGGAACAUCCUGAAUGGCAACUACGAAACUAAGAUAGAGACUAACUGUAUCUAUGUAGAUUUGACACUCUUUCCUAACACUGGGAACAUCCUUACUGUAAACCAGUCCAGUGUUCAGGAGAUUCAGGAUGGAAAGAUCCUACUUGAAAUAACUUCAGAUGGUGUGGCCUAUACAGCAAUAUCUAUUACUCAUUCAGAACGAGCAAUCUUUAUUGGGACUGCCGCUGGUACCAUCAGAAUCAUCGAACUUCCAUUUAAAAAUGAUAAAUCCUGGAUAGAACAACAGGCUCAUGCUGUUCCCAUCACAAAACUGGCUGUCUCACCUUGUGAUCAGUUUCUGUUGACGGCCUCAAAGGAUGGCACUCUCCUCAUCUGGAACAUCAUAGAUCAGGGCCGAAUAAAGCUGGAGAUUGUGAAGGAAUUAGAUUAUACUCAGGAGGUCCUCUGCACAAAAGAAUAUAUGGAGGAAAAGCUUCAGACAAUAGAUGAGCUGACGUCCCAAGUCAAGUGGCUGAAGAUGCAGCACGAUUGCGAACUGGAUUUGAUGGACGUGAACUACAAUAAGAAGAUGAGCAACAUUGUACAGAAUUACCUUCAGGAGAUAAAGUCUCUUAAAGCUAAAAUCCAGAUGCUGAAUACCGAAAUAGAGGAUGAGAGGGUCUCUCAUCAGAAGUUGGUGACAGAUUUAAAGGAAAAGCAUGCCCAAGAGCUGAAUGAUCUAGCACUGGACUACAACAUGAGGAUGACUGUGGAAAAUGAGGUGAACUGCUGGUCUGUGCAUAAAGCAGAGGAGAUACAGCAGGAACACAAGGAGGAGCAGGCCAGCCUAGUCCUUGCCAUAGAGGACAUAAAACAGGGCUUGGAACACAAGCUUCAUGAGCUACAAGCCAAUUUGGAUCAAGAGAAGAAAAAUUCUGAGGAGAGGGAAAGAAGGAUCAAGGACGACACUGAAUCUGAAAUUACACAACUCGGCCAGGACUAUGAAAAAGAUAUUACAUUGGAAAGGGAGGCCAGGCUAAAGACCAGUAGUGAACUGGAGCACCUGAAGCAAAGUAUAUUGCAGUACACAAAAAUGAAAGCCGUGAUAGAACAGCAGGGCUUACUGGUCGCUAGUGCAAUGGCAGAAAAGCAGAUGGUGUUGGACAAAAUUAGGAGGGCAAAACUAACCAUCAAGGAACUGACAGAGGAAAUGGAGAAGCAAAGCACUACUAUUGAUGAACAGGAACAUUCCAUCAACGAGUUGCACGUAAAAAUCAAACAGAAUAAGCAGAGCAUGGAACAGACAGAGGAAAGAUUGCUGAGUGUGACCAUGGAGAGCAAACUGCUAGAAGAAGGCAGUAUGCUGAAGAGCAAAGAAGAGAGGAAUGAAAUUGAACGCCUUCAGAAUGAAAUACUGGAGCGGAAUCAGAUGUACCAAGGGUUUGCUGAUGAGGUGAAACAUGUCAAUAGGAAGUACAAUAGGGUUAUUGAUGACCUGAAACAGAAGCUAUUAUCAAAGAAUACAUCAUUGCUCGAAGAGAAGCAAAAGGUCAAAAGCUUAGAAGCUGUAGUGCAAAGGACGAAGGCUGACAUUCAGAACUGUACACGCUUCAUCCAGGAGCCGAAGAAACUAAAGGAGAACGUCAUCGAACUCCACUCACUCCAUUUUCAUCAAGAAGUGGCAAUCGGACUGGAGGCUGAAAUGAAGCAAAAACAUGUCCGAAAUAUGGAGCAUUUCAGCAAGGUCUUAAAGUGUCAGAAAUCAAGACACUCUAGGGAGAUCCAGAAUGAGAAAACAACAAACACCAGGAUCACAAAUGAGAGUACCUUCAUGAUAACACAGAUUAAUGAGCAGGAACUAAAGAACCAGGAACUGAUCACGAGCAUCAGAAUGAAGGAUAUCCAAGAAGCCGAAACAGCAGCAGCAAACCAGAAUUUACCAGGCCCAUGUCAAAAUCCCACCGUUUAACAACACAGAAGAAGACCAGAUAAAAUUCCAUUAAAAAAAUACCAGCAUCCCUCCUGAGGAAACAAUCUACAAUCUGCCCUUUCAAGUAUUUCUAAUGCCAGCUGGAAGGAAUCUUGCAGUGGCCCCAAACUAGCCUCUACUGCAUCAAUUAAAUCUAUUACAGUUUGAUCCUUUGUUUGUUUGUGCCUUUAGUGUUUCAACCUAUGUUUCUAUGGCCAACAUUUUACAUGGUCAACUUUGCCCCUGGCAUUACUUUUCUGGCUUAUGUCCAUACCCACACUAUGCUUGCUAACUCACAUAACACUGAAGUCUUUCCAGGUCCCAUGAUAUCACAAGCACAGAACCAAACAAGUGAGAUAGGUAAACCAAAACAUAUAUCAGACAUGGUAAUAGUGGUGCUAAUUACCCCUCAUGUAUAAAGCACCUUAUUAUGGGAGAACUACUUAGUUAAACUGCUAAACACAAUAAAAAAAAACCA